CAUCCUCUCUCUUUCUUUCCCGUCGUUGUCUCACAGCGCUUCACUCCUCUCUGCAGCUCCACCACCGCAGCUUCACCCAGCACCACGACACCAGAUCACAACAUGGCCACCAAGGUUGCCGUGGUAACGGGCAGUAACAAGGGCAUCGGACUGGCCAUCGUCCGGGCGCUCUGCAAGCAGUUCCAAGGAGACAUUUACCUCACCGCCAGAGACGUCGGCCGUGGUCAGGAGGCCGUGCAGUCUCUGGCCUCAGAGGGACUGAAGCCCAUGUUUCACCAGCUGGACAUCAACGACCUGAACAGCAUCACCACCGCCGCUGCUUACUUCAAGGACAAGUACGGAGGAGUGGACGUCCUCGUCAACAAUGCCGGGAUCGCAUUCAAAAUGGCAGACGACGCUCCUUUUGCCGUCCAGGCGGAGGUGACGCUCAAGACGAACUUCUUCGCCACCAGAGACAUGUUGACUCACUUCCUGCCGCUCAUCAAAGCAGGAGGUCGCGUGGUGAACGUCUCCAGCUUCGUCGGCUCCCGUACUUUAAACCAGUGCAGCCCGGCCCUGCAGCAGCGUUUCCGUAGCGAGGACAUCUCCGAGGACGAGCUGGUGGGACUGAUGCAGCAAUUCGUCGACAAGACCAAGAAGGGCGAGCACAAGGAGGGCGGCUGGCCUGAGACGGCGUACGGAGUGUCCAAGACUGGACUGACGACGCUGUCUAUGAUCCAGGCUCGACGUUUGUCCAAGGAGCGACCGAAUGACGGGAUCUUGCUGAAUGCCUGCUGCCCAGGAUGGGUGCGCACCGACAUGGCUGGUCCCAAAGCACCCAAGUCACCAGACGAGGGCGCUGUCACCCCGGUUUACCUGGCCCUGCUGCCGCCCGGAGCCACAGAGCCUCACGGAAAGUUUGUCUCUGAAAAAGAGGUUCAGCCGUGGUGAAAGGGUUAAAGCUGUGUGUGUGUGUGUGUGUGUGUGUGUGUGUGUGUGUGUGUGAGUAAAUGAAAUAGUGCCAGUGUUUGUACCAAAACAGUAAUUUGCCAAAAACUCAGAAUAGAUUCAAUCUUUCCAAAAAGAAUCAUAUUCACCAUUAAAAAAAUAUACGACAAGCAUAACAUGAUCUGGAAUCUGCGUGUGUGCGUGUGUGUGUGUGUGUGUGUGCGUGCGUGUGUGGAUGUGUGUGUGCGUGUGUGUGUGUGUGUGUGUGACUGAUGGGUUACUUACAACAGUAACCAUGCAGUGCUGGCUAAUCACUGGUGUUGAUGAAUCUCAAUUUUUGCUUUUGUUUCACUUUGCCUUCAGUUUUAUAAACAUUUAAAUAUUUUUUACAAGGAAAGAAGAAACUUUGUCUUAAAUGGAUGAAAAUUAAAUGUUCUGAAGUCAAAGAAUAUAAAAUGCUUUUCUUGCAAAAAUGCUUUUCAGUGCUUUUUCAUUGAGAUAUUUCAUUGCCAAUAAAGAAACUUACCAACAAAUGAA